AAACCAAGAAUUCCCUCUCUCUUCGCUCGCCGCCGCAAAGGCGCAAAUCCGGAGGCACCGACCGGCCGCUGUCGUCGUCGGAGUGCGGGGCCCGGUUGAGUCGAGCAGCGGAUGGCGUCGUCGGCCGAGCAGCAGCUGGCAGCCUCCCGCGAGCGGGUGGCCCCCAUCGCCGCCGGGCCUGGAGGAGGCGAGGCGGGAGCGCUGGAUCCGCGGUGGAAGAAGAUGGCGGCGGCGCUGCGGGGGCGGAUGGCGGCGAACCGCGAGUGGAAGGCGGAGUCCGCUGCCGUAUCGUCGGCCCUCUCGCUCGCCCUCAAGACCUUCCCGCGCCAAGGCACCCGAGAGCAGCUAAAAGGACUCAAGGAUCAGUUGCGCGACCUCCAAUCUCAGCUCAGCGAAACUCUCUCCAUUAAAUCGUGCAAGGAAUCAAAGGGCAAACUCACCACCGAGUCGAUUUCAGAUGCCACUGCUAUGGUCGAGGGGCUCGGUAACUUGGUUGCAGAUCUGAGGGACAAGAGGGAUAAACGCACCGCAGUCAUAUCUGAGCAACUUCAAGCACUUGAACCACUUGAAGCAAAGAGUAAUGAAGAUGCGGCACUGUGGGAGAAGAUAGAAGAAGCUGUUCUAUGGUAUGGGAAGUUUCUUGGCUUCCAGAUUGUUGGACGAGAUGAAGGUGUGAAGUUUGUUUUCAACAAGAUUGACCCGCAAAGUCCAGAGAAGGAAUACUCAUUUUGCAUAAAUUUUGACAAAGAUAGAUAUAACUCAGUGCUUGAAUGUGAUCCGCACAUCAAGGAUGUUGAGGAACUGGUGAAGGAUUUGAAUUUGAGUGAUCAUGUAGUCAAGUUUCUAAGGAUCAUCAGAGAGAAAUUCCAGUCUUCUGCCAUGAAUGGGACUCUUCCUACAUCUCCCAUGGUGACUUCAGUUGACGGCAGAAGUGAGGAUGUUCCCAAUCAAAGCCAUUCCCGAAGCAAGAACAAGAGGCAGUCUCUUCCCGCUAAGAGAGAAGCCACAGCCCUAUCAGCAGCAUCUCCUGGCAGUUUGCGCCGUUCCCUACGUUCCAGGGCAAAUUGACUGUCUAUCUCUAGACCGGCUAGUGAAUAUCCAGAGGGAGUGUGGUGAGCUGGCAAACGAAGCAGAUUCUGACCUGGACAAGCUGAUGAAUCCUCCUCAUCUUCUGCCUGUGAUUUGGUACAAGCCUAGAAGGAACCGAGUGAUUAGCUGAUACCUGAUAUAGUGUGGUGAUUCUGCCGUAGUGGAUGAGUGGCUUGGUUGGCUGGGCAGAGUGGCUAACUCGGCCUGUAAAUGUUUUCUUAUACUCUGCUCUAGUGGAUGAGUUCAUGAGUUGUGUUCUGGUUAAUGCUGUUUGUAUAUGGUAAAUGUCAUUGAGAUUUACACAACCAUGAGUAGAAAGCUACUCCUUGGUUUUCUGAAUUUGCAUGUGGGCGUUUCCUUGAUUGUUUGAUGAUACUAUAAUAGUGUAUCCCCAAGUACAACAGAGGGGCCUACUACUCAUGCAUGCCUAAUUGCCCUAGUAUGUGUUUGGGUGAGUAUACACUUUGGCCACUCUAUGUAUAAGUGUGUUGCUCUAAUCUACUAUA